CCUCCAUUCCACCUUCCACACAUCAAAACAUUGUUUGCAAUAACAACUUCCAAUUCAUUAGCUAUUUAGAAGUAUAUUAAUCUUCGGCAACAAGAAGAUGAAGCAAACUCUCUUCUUCUUCUCACUCCUACUAUUUGCUCCCAUUUUCUCAAUAACCACUUUAGCUCAGUCACCAGCUGCAGCCCCUAAAGCCCCAGCAAAACCUGCACCAGCAAAACCUGCCCCCUCCACACCGGCUCCGGCGCCUGCAAAACCGUUGGUCCCGGCAUUGCCUAAUUCCCCCUCAUCAGGUCCUGAUUCUUCUGCCAGCCAAGACAUUGUGAAGAUUCUAAGGAAGGCCAUAUCAUUCAACACACUAAUCCGGUUCCUGAAAACCACACAAAUAAUCAACCAAGUGAAUGCACAACUUGUGACCUCAAAAAACGGAGGCUUAACCAUCCUUGCACCAGAUGAUGGUGCCUUCUCAGAAUUAAAAGCAGGGUACUUCAACUCCCUGGGAGAUAGGCAACAAAAAGCACUGAUACAGUUUCAUGUUCUUCCCGUUUAUGUCUCCAGCUCCAACUUCGAUUCUCUGAGCAACCCUGUGCUGACACUGGCCAGUGAUAGCCCCACAGGGUAUCAGAUAAAUGUGACAGCAUAUGGUAACAGUGUGAACAUAUCAACUGGGGUGGUGAAUGCCACACUCACAGGCAUUGUGUACACUGAUAAGACACUUGCCAUAUAUCAUGUGGACAAGGUGCUCAUUCCUUUGGACUUCUCUAAGCCUAAGGCUAUAGCUCCAGCACCAGCUGUGGCCAAGGCACCUAAGGCUGAUAAAGAUAGCUCUUCAGCAGAAGAUGAUGAUCAGGCUCAGUCAUCCAAGAACAGCUCCGGUGCUAAAAGUUCUGUUAGCACUCAUGGGACAACCUUGGUGUCCUUUGGAGUUGCUCUUCUUGCUGCAGCAGCUACUAUGUCGUGUUGAAGAACAUCCAUCCCAAGUUUCUAAAAUGUUUUCAGGAAAAGCACGCAACUCUUGUGGACUUAUAUGUUUUCUUCUUGACUUGUGUUUUGCGUAGGAAAAGUGUUGUUUGCGAAUUAUGUGAAACCAUGUUUUGUCAUCAUGCGAAAAUGUAUGCGAUUGUUUUAUUGUCAAAGACAAAAGGAAUGUAUCUGCUUGUUUUUGCUUAAUUUUGUUUUGUGCA